AUGGGUUCAACACAGCGAGAAACUCUGACUCCCCACGCAGCACCAGUGCCAAUGUCAUCUAAGUCGGCCAGGGGAAUACCACUCUCAAGAGUCCGAGACCCGCGAGCAGCUGAAUCGGUGCCGACAAUCCGAUGGACCAAUCUUGCAGAUUUGCUCACAGCAAUUGAUACUGCGCCUGGAGAUGCGCUGCGUGUCACAGAUGUGUCUCCUACGGUCUUCAAGAUGCUGGAUGAAGACAAUGAGAGAAACAAGAUCCGCCUCUCCAUGUACACUGAAGACACUCGGUGUUUAAUUAUCACGGUUGUCACUGGAACACACGAAAUAGCUCACAUACGACUGAAUGGAGAGGUCAGCUCCCAGAUUAGGAACAUGGGCCUAGAUGACAGCUGGGAAAGCUAUGGAAGUAAAAGUUACUAUUUUGGACGACGCCCCUCUGGUAGCGGCGGCGGCGGCGGUGGAGGAGGAGAAAAACAAGCAGACUCAUGCGGGGGACCUGUGCCAGAACGUCGCGGGGGUUAUCCAACGCUUGUGAUCGAGUCUGGAUAUUCCCAGACUUUACCAGCAGUGCGGGAGAAGAUCAGAAGUUGGUUUACAGACUCUGAUCAUCAGAUCAAGAUUAUUAUCCUGGCAAAAAUUUUCCCGACUGAACGAAGAAUACUGAUAGAAAGAUGGGAAGAGCGACCUCAAGGAGGCUGUCGCCAAGGGGUCUCAACUCGAUGGGCAAGCACACUCAUACCCGAGUGUUGUCAGACAAUCAAUAUUACCGAAACUUCGACAAUCCCGCCAGCAUAUCAAAUCGCUAGCAACGACAUGGUACUAGAUUUUCGACUGUUGUUCUUGAGAAAUCCCCGCCAGGGUGAGGGAGAUGUGAUCAUCACUCAGGCCUGGCUGCAACGGUAUGCGCGAAGAGUUUGGGAGGAGUAUGAUGCUUACGUGGAGUAA